GGGGUCGGGGUCCCGGGGCUACGCGUUGCUGGGUCCUUAUUCCUACGUCGACCGUCUCAGCGAGCGAAACUUGGGCUCCUACCCGGGCCAGCUAACGGAUGAUGAGGACUCUGAGCGCCAGGCGCGGCCUGGAGUGGCUGCUGGGCCUCUACUUCCUCUCCCACGUCCCCAUCACCCUGCUCGUGGACAUGCAGGCGGUGCUGCCGCGCGAACUCUACCCGGUCGAGGUGAGAAACCUGGUGACGUGGUAUGCUAAGGAGUUCAAAGACCCUCUGCUACAGAACCCCCCACCAUGGUUUAAGUCCUUCCUGUUUUGCGAGCUUGUGUUUCAGCUGCCUUUCUUUCCCAUUGCAACAUAUGCCUUCUUCAAAGGAAGCUGCAAGUGGAUCCGCAUCCCCGCAAUCGUCUACUCGGUUCACACCAUGACAACUCUAAUUCCGAUUCUCUCCACAUUUCUGUAUGAGGAUUUCUCCAAAGCCAAUGGUGUCAAAGCACAAGGACCUAAGACUUUCCAUGAACGACUAACCCUCAUAGCUAUCUAUGCCCCCUACUUUCUCAUCCCUCUUAUGCUUCUGCUUUUCAUGUUGCGGAGCCCCUACUACAAGUAUGAGGAGAAAAGAAAGAAAAAAUGAGAGAGAGAACCAUUGUCCCAGGGGAGAGAUACCCAGAAGGCAGUUUCUUAUUGGACCCAGUACAAGGAAAACUGCUCAGAAACCAUGUCUUCAGUAGCAUUUGAAACACACAGCAGCAACACACAAGAGCAAGACACUGGCAGGAGCCACCUCAGACUGUCACCUUCCAAGGUCACUGGCACAAACAGACCCAUCACCUGAGGAUGGGCUGAGGGAUAUGGGCUAGAUUAUAGGGAAGUGGUGCAAAUACCUCCCAGUGUGCCACAUUGCAGUUCCAUUGCAGGAUCACUGAAAGCAAGACUAGAAACUGGACAGACUUCCAACAAACAUGGCCUGCCUGGCAUGUUCAGGAAUCAUAGGACCCACAAUAUACAUGUGACUAAACCCUCGACUCAUGAUUCUCUAUAGCUUAUCACUAAUGAGCAAAAUGAAUAGUGCGAUGUUUUAGGCCAUUUUAAAGUUUGAAAUUAUGCCUUUUUAAUAUUCAUUAAAAACGAUCAUGGUUUCUUGCCCUCACCCUGGGAAAGGAGCAGGGUAACAUUCUGCAAGAGGUUGAAACAGUUUUCCUUAAUGUUCAGCCCCAGCAUGAAUAUCAAUCAGAAACAGGAAACUGGAAGGUGUUUUAUUUCUGUCUUAAACAGCUCGUCCCAGUAGCAGAGAUUUUUUAGUCUCCUUGUUUAUCCUCUUUCCAAACCUUAGUCUUCUAUAUUUUUACAGACCACUUGACAGAAGUUGCUUUAGUCAGAAAUCUGAUGUCUCAAACCUGAUCUGGACAUGUGCUUCCCACUGGAUAACUUCAUCCUUCCUAAUAGUUUAAUCAUUCCUUCCUGUCUUAGUCAAAGUGAGGGGACAGCUGAGUAUGACAUAUCCAGUGCGUGCAUCAUAUAGGGUCUCUUCACAUUAGUACUUGGUGUUCUAUUAGCUUUCUCUAAAUUUAUACACAAGGCCAACUCAAAAAUAAAAUUUGUGAACACACAUGGAAAACAGUAAAAACUGGUCCCAAUUAGGUCCCCCUUUUUGCCUGUUCUGCUCAGAAGCUGUACUGCUCUCUCAGGAGUAUCCUCUGACUCAUGUGUCUGGGCCAAAUAAAGGUAGCUGCUGACCA